AUGAGCAUUAUGCUGUGUGCUCUGAUUCUCUGGUCUGGUCUCCUGGGGGCCACCAAGGCCAGCCCCAUCUCGGUCCCCCACGAGUGUGCCAAGGGUUCGGAGGUAUGGUGUCAGGACCUGCAGGCAGCUGCAAGGUGUCGGGCCGUGAGGCACUGCCAGAGUGCUGUCUGGAGCAAGCCUACAGUCAAGUCCCUGCCCUGCAGUGUGUGCCAGGAUGUAGCCGCCGCUGCUAGUAAUGGGGUGAACCCGGAUGCUAAAGAGUCGGACAUUUUGGCAUCGGUAAUGAAGACCUGUGAGUGGCUUCCAAGCCAGGAGUCUUCAGCUAAGUGCAAGUGGAUGGUGGACAACCACAGUGCAGCUGUCCUGGCCAUGCUCCGUGGCACUCCGGGCACUGCCCCGGCUUUGGUGUGCACUGCGCUCACACUCUGUGAACCGCUACAGAGGCACCUAGCUGUGGCCACCUCGGAGAGACCGCUCACCCAGGAGGAUGCAAACGAGGUGAUGGCCCCCUUCUUAUCCAAUGGGGCCCUGAGCUUCCGCCCAUCACAGAUGCCUGUAGGUGCUGUGUGUCAUGACUGCGUCCAGCUGAUCUCCCGGCUGCAGAGUGCUCUAGAGUCCAACUUGACCUUGGCAGAGGUAACUGUCCAGAAUCAGUGUCAGUCCAUGGGGCCUGGCCUAGCUGCCCUCUGCGAGAACUACAUCCACUGGCAAUUUGUCCCUGCUAAACAAGCGCUGCAGACUCUUCCCCCACAGGAGGUCUGCAGGAAGGGGGGCUUCUGCGAGGAGCAGAGAGAGUCUGCCCACUGGCUGGCUCAAGUGGCCGCUGUGGACGGAGUCCCCUCCCUAGAGAUGGAGCUGCCGAGGAAGAACGAGUUGCAGAUGCAGUUGGGCCUGACAUGCGAUGUGUGCUUGAACGUGGUCCAGGAGCUGGACAAGUGGCUUGAGACCAACAGCACAGAAGCCCUCAUCAGCCACGCCCUGGAGCGUGUGUGCUCCAUAAUGCCAGAGUCUCUAGUCCAACAGUGCAUCACCCUGGUGGACACCUACGGCCCCAACUUGGUGCAGCUCGUGUCCAAAGUCACCCCAGAGAAAGUGUGUGAGACCAUCAGGCUGUGUGGCAGCAAAAGGCAGGCCAGGUCCAUCUCCAGGGUUGCGACAACCACACCACCCCUGCUGAUGGAUGAGGAAAACCAGGGCAGCUUCUGCCAAGGGUGCAAAAGGCUUCUGGGCGUGUCUUCCCAGAAUCUAGACCGCAAGAGCACCAAGCGGGACAUCCUGAAUGCCUUCAAAGGUGGCUGCCGGAUCUUGCCGUUGCCUUACGUGCUGCAGUGUAACCGUUUUGUGGCUGAGUAUGAGCCUGUGCUCAUAGAGAGCCUCAGGUUCAUGAUGAACCCCACGGACCUAUGCAAGAAGAUGGGGGCCUGCCACGGCCCCAAGGUUCCACUUCUAGGCACAGACCAGUGUGUCAUGGGCCCCCGCUUCUGGUGCAAGAGCCCAGAGGCCGCCGAGAUGUGUGAUGCCCUGGAGCACUGCCAGCGCCUUGUGUGGAAAAAGCCCAUCUCCAAAACCAAUGAGCAGCCAUGA